CCCACGUGUAUGGAAUUAAUAAAAUAAAAUAUGACAGCAGCAGCGACGUUAUUAUUAUGUUUUCUGAAAAGCGACAAUCGUGCAUGGCAACAUAUGUAUGCCCCACAGCGCCUUGCGCCUUCAAAGAAGCAGGGAGCAGUUGACACACACGUGAAAAGGAUCCAUCGCAAGUGAUCGCAAGCGAUACAGCGGCGACGGCGGCGACACGCGACACUUCACGACACUGUUUGAAAUCUGCCAUGGCGCACGAUUGUUUUGCUGGUUUCUCAGCGCUCGCGCACGCAUUGAAAGACGCCGGUCUUCUGCAAGCAUUCAGACUUGAGUACGACAUACUGAAGCCCAUCGUUCCGCUGACAGACUGUCAAAAACUGUUUGGAGCCAUUAGUAAUCUAAUCCGAACCCUACAAGGGUACAAGGACAGUCUUGAGACUGCCCAAGGGCAAGUUACUCCGGUGGACUGCUCCAAAGUCGUUCAGAUCCAAGUUGGGAGAAGCGUGAUAAAUGAACGUAUCAAUGCGUUUAUCACACGAAAAAGGAAGGAAGUCGAUGAAUGGAAUGUUCAGGAGUUUUGUAGCUCGAAACCUGCUGAAGAGGAGUCGAGCUGUGCAAGGGUUGAUGCAGUGCUCGUGUCCAGGUCUGGCGGAAGUAGUCAUGUGAAAGUGAGUCGUGUGGUAAACCAGUGGGGGCCCAUGACAAAACUACUGCGACCAAAACCUUCAGACACUCCAUCGCAUGCCAAGAGACGAGCGGUUUCGCCACCAGUUGAGGGUAUUCACGAGAGGCUGCGCAACAUGGAGUCUCAUUUGAAGAUCAAGUCGGGAUGUUCUGUACCGCAAGACGUGUACGCCAGGAUUAAGCAGUUGGAAGACCGUAUUCUGUACCUAGAAGGAAUAUCACCAGAUUACUUCACUGGACCGUGUGCUGGGCAACAGGAAAGCAAGCGGAGCAGAGGGAUGUUGAAACAGUACGAGGAUUGGAGCAUGUCUCAGAUUGAGAGCAGGAUCCAUGCACUUCAGAACAGGCUGAGAGAGCAGAAUGAGCAAGAAGCAGGGACAUGAAGCCAAAGUCAAGCCAAAGUCAAGCCAAAUCCAGUUAUCGUGGUCUCAUGAUAUGUAAAGGGAAGGGACGCAGGGUCAAUUACGCCUAUACAUUUGAAAGCACUCCUUAAUGGAUGUUAAAACAUCGCAGGCCAGCUGGCAUUUAUUAUAUUAGGUGUAUUUGCAGUGUCUCA